AUGAGGAGCAGUUGUGAUUUCAUGGGAUUUCUACUUUAAGCUUGAAGAGUGUCUGAUCAUCAAGUAGCUGGCACUUUUGUAUUUCCUCUUCAUUCCAAAGCAAUGGCUUGUUUUCAAGAGGCUGACACAAUCACCCACUCUGACAAAUCCCGGAAGAGAAACCUGUCCUUUCAGUGGAAAGCCCCUGCCCAGCCUGUGGGGGACCUCAGAUUCCUUUUAUCAGUUGUCCAGUCGGAUUUCGUUUACUGGGAGAGGACUGAAUCACCUGGGGAGCCCGGCGGCCCGUGGCGCGGGCCAGGCCGAGGCCACCGCGGCCCAGGCGGGAGGGACCCAGAGGAAGCGGCCCGGCUAGAAGCAGUUUUUGGCAGAGCUCCCAGUCUCCCCAGCACUCUUCCCCAGCCUGCAAACAUCUUUGUUGGUUCCCUAACUGGAGCUGCAGAGGAGAACAGCUUAGAUCCUUUUCCUGCAAGUUUGUGGGUGACAGAGUUUCCUGGGGAUGUAAAGACUCUUUUCCAAUCAUCUUCACCCACAGCUACUGCAAUCAGCAAUGGCCAGCAACCCAGGGGGGAUAGCAACCUAAUCCUAGAACCAUCCCUGGAUAUCUGUGGGCUGGAGAGACUCAUGGCUCUCAGGAGACUCUUCUCAGAGGGCAUUGCUUCCAUCCCUAGCACCCACCUCAGGACUCAGAAUGAUCCAAGCUCUGAUUUGUUGGAAACUUGCCUACCCUUAGAUAGGGAUGAACAGGACAAAAUGGAGUCCUCCAGUAGGACCGUGAUGAGGUCCCCCGAGUCCACCGUCCAUCCUAGGGCUCCGCGGCACCUCUGCUCCUCUGGAGCGCUCCUGGGAACCAGGCUGAGGCCGCUCCACCCCCACACACACCCCCACCCCCGUCCCCCCUCCCCCCAUACCUCUGCCGCUUCCAGGUCACCUGCCACUGGCGGCGGGUCAGAAGCAUCGAGGCCUUCUGCCAGCUUCUUGCCUCAGUCAAAGCACAGGGAGCCCAGGGUGGGGGAGGACCGUGGAAGGGGGAAGGGGGUACCCCGGGAAGACGGACCAAGGCCUGAGGUGGGACUGGGGGGGGGCAGUGCCCUGCCGGGGACCCAGCUCGGGACUGCCCAGCUGGCCAUCCUGCUUGGCCUUCCCGCCGCCUUGGCCACGUUCCUGGCCUCUGGCCUUCGCCCGCUCCUGGGCCAGGACUGCCACCGGCAGACGGCGGUGUCCCUCCGCGGCCUGCGGGGGGCGCUGGUGCCGCGAGCGGCGGUGCGCGGCCCGCUGGCUCUGCUUCAGAUGACUAGGCGAGCGCUGGGGUAUUCAGUCGUCUUGGAAACUCAAAAGCCAGGCAGAUCCGCCUUGGAGACUGAUGUGAAGCAAGGCGAGUCUGAGGGAACUCCAUCCAACACAUCUGUGGAGAGACGUGUAUGCACCGCCUGA